UUGUCGAAACGAUUAUACAAUGUUUGUUAUGCCAAGAUGGCGAGGCUGUUUCCGUGCAACGUGCAAUGAGGGGCAAGGGUUAGGCAGGUAAAGUCUCGGCCACUUAUUACACCGGCGUUAUGCAUUCGUAUGCAUCAGUCGAUGACUGCCCAACUGAACCGAAACAUUACACUGUAGUAAGUGUAUAAGUAGCUUAGGAGAAAACUGUAAUUGAAUAUGGAAACAUUCCUCUGACGAUUCUUCGGCUUUUUUUAACAUGAGUGCAACAAACUUGCUGAGUUUAAGAAAGGCAGUCCAUCAAACAGAAGAUCAAAAUAUGAGUUUUCGGAGACUGUACAUCGGGGUUACUACUCGACGUUUGAGUAUACAAUGCUUCAUCGCUUCAGUAUUCGGAUCACUGAUUGUAUUAUUUCUGUUUAAUGAGUUGUCCUCGGAUAAGCUUCACCAUCUCCAGCUUCGAGCUUGGAACUUUGCAAGAAACAGACUCAAUGUGCAGGACAGGGGUAUCAAGGCCAACAUGGGGCCUGAUGAGAACAAGGCCUGGAAUUCGCGCCCUCAAGCGGCCCCUAGCAAACAUUUCGCCAUCCUGGCCGAAAUGGACGUCAUCUCCAAGUGGUCCGAACUGGAAGAGAUGUACCGAUGUUUCUUGGACCCUUCUGAUAACUCCACGCGUCCGUGCAAUGUAUUCUGUCCAGAACACAGUACCACCAUAGAAUUGAUCAUCACGAAAAACGUCAAAGAUUUCAGUGGUACAGAUGCAGCAAUCUUCGGCCUCUCGCCUUUUACUCUACUGAAGAGCGUGACAAAACUAAUGAAGUAUUCCAUUCAGAUUCCCCCUACCCAGACCGCAGUAUUGUACAGCAUGGAGUCGCCUCUCCGAGUGCAUAAAUGGAUCCACAGGGUAGGCGAUUUGAAGUACCACGUCGAUUUGACGUACCUCCCUUCCGCCGAUAUCAGUGUCCCUUACGCUUAUUACCAACCAGGGUCGUUUGAGAAUACCUUUGAGAGGAAGGCUAACUACGCAGAGGGUAAGACGGGUUUGAUCGCGUGGAUGGGAAGCAACUGCGCCAAGGAAGUCUUCUGGCCCCGGAUGGAGUUCAUUGAAGAGCUAGGGCGCCACCUACCGCUCGAUACCUACGGGAAGUGUGGCAAGCUCACCUGCCUACCGCGUCUGUCCACCAAGUGCGUCAAUCUGAUUGGUACGUACAAAUUCUACCUCGCCCUGGAAAACUCCGAAUGUCGCGACUACAUCACGGAGAAGUUCUGGGUCUCCUGUCUCCUAAAUGGCGUCGUGCCCGUAGUUUACGGCGCUCCGAAGGAGGACUUUGAAAGACUUGCUCCACCCAACUCCUACAUCCACGUCAGUGAUUUUAAGAGCGUCGAGGAACUCGCCACGUACAUUCUUAAAGUUGACCAAUCAGAUGAGCUGUACAAUAAGUUUUUCGAGUGGCGCAAUCACGGGUCCGUCCUAGUCAAAUAUCCCAAAAUGCAGCCGUCUUAUUUUUGUAGGAUACUGCCUUUUCUUCAGGGCAGUAGAGGCAUGUCUGGGGCCAAACAAAUCAGGAACUCCAAGUGGUUCAAUUCUUGUCGAGGGAACAUCACAAGACGGUUUAAUAUAUCCCAAGUCCCAACUUUGAAAGACUGGAAACCGUGGAAACUGGGCGUGAACGAUUACAAAGAUGGCUUUUGAUUGGUCGUGUCCACCAAAACUUUUUUUGAAGCUAGCUAUAUAGGCUCGGUUUUAUCACGAAUAUUGCAAAUCAUUAAUUAAAAAAACAUCGGUCAGAAUUUAAGGGUUUGCCUUAUAACUUGGUCAGAACAUUUGAAAUAUCCUGAUGAUUUGAGUUAAUUUUGUUCACACUGUAAAAACCACCUAUAUAGUUAGACUUGACUAUAGAACACAGUCAAACUUGCAGCCAGCUGACUACCGGGGUGACCGUAAGGUCAUGGCCAAUUUCUGCUAAAUGCACUUCAAAAAUCUGUCAGAUUUACCAAAAAUCUGUCAGAUU